AUGUCUUGGCACUUUCCUGGUUGGGAGGGUCAGGAUAACGGCGGAUCCGCGGCAAACUUGGAGGCUGCUGGUCAGGACUGCACGGAGAAUUGCUCUCAAGGUCCUCGUUCAGUACUUGCACAAGAGUAUGGAAUUGAACUCGUACUGUGUAUUCCGUGGUAUACUAUGUCUGUUACUAUCAAUCAUAUCUGUAGUCUAUUGAAUUCUGUAAUCUGUAUCUCUACUAUGUACUCCGUGCUGGUAGUACUGAACACUGCAAUCUACAGCUGUCAGGGUCUACUCCACACGGCAGAUCGUCAUGAUUGGCGGUUCCGAGCGCUCUUUAUAUGCCCCCCAUUCCCAUUCAACAACAAACUCACACUCAAACAUGGAAAUAACAUCGGCUAUUUUACCAGAAACCUCAAACUCUUCAUCCAACCUUCGGAGCUGUCUCCUAAAGUGAAAAGAAACAACAGUAACCGAGCACCCAUUGGCCACAGGAUAAACUCCCACCAACCACAACCCAGUGGACCCCAGACACAUGGUCGACUUUCCCUGGAUUGUAGUCUGUUCUUGUUCUUCCCUCGAGGCAGGAUUUUAUUUACGCAAUCUCUCAUGUGGAAUAUGUGGAGGGGAAUACUUGUAGAGGACUCCCAGUGGGAGCCCCACCGGGUUCAUCUGGGUCAUCCACGGAUCGAAUUGGAGAGAGAGUUAGAGUUGGGUGAUGUAUCAAGUCUUCCCAUAUCUCAAUAUCAGUAG